CAAACGUUGAAGUCAUUUCCGUCAGUGACGUCACGGGAGCCCGGAUGACUGAGAGCGUGACAGAAUGGAGAGCGCGGCAAAUGAGAUCGUGUUUAAAAAGGAAACCAUCAGUAAACUUUUGACACUGUUUUUCAAAGAAGACAAAACUAAAGUCAGUAGUGAUGCUGUUAUACUGGUGGGUGAGAUGCUGAAAGUGUUUGUAGAAGAGGCGACACGUCGAUCAGUGAAACAGGCCAUGAAUGAAGACUGUGAUACAGUUAAUAUUGAGCACUAUGAAAAGAUUUUACCCCAGCUGCUUCUUGAUUUUUAGCCAGCAGAUGGCGACAUUACCUUGUUGUACUGAACACGGACAUCCCAGACAUCUCUGUACAGUGCAGUAAUCUCAUGUUGUUGAUGUUUGUUUGUAUUAUACGUGUGACUGAUGAAAUAAAACACUUGUAUUUCUUUCUUUGA